UUGAAGGAGGACACCUGUGGUUCUGCCACCAACCCCGUUGGGUUUUGAAUACUGGAAUUGAGGAGCAAACGGAUGUCCAUUCCAAAGGCCCCAAAUUUGCUACUGCCCUUGAUUCAAGAGGUGAAGCCCACUAAAAACUCAACGAAAAUUCACAGGACUGGUUCGGGCGCCUACUUUGUCAUCCCUCCAAAUCCAGCAAGGAGGAGUAAGCUGCAAAGAAUUGCUAAUAAAGAGCUAGAAAAUUGGACAAAAUGGAAGGCCCAGCAAAAACUGGGCCCAAUUGCCUUGAAGCCUCAGAAAUUAGGAGGAAGAGCCACAGAGGCUGAAGUCAGGGAAAAACAGCAAUUUGAGUACACCCAAUCAAAAUACCAGCAAAAGCUGAAGAAAGAAGACUACGAGAGAAACAGAAGAGAGGCUGAAGAAGCCGAGAUUCUGAAAAAGAAAGCCGUACAAAGAGUCAAGGCUAAUCAACUGGAAGAAAAAAAAAGGCAGCAAGAAUGGCAACGACAGCAGAUGCUGAGGGAAGAUCACGCCACGAAAACCACGGAAUUCUUAAGCCGAUGGGAUUUAAGUCCAUCCCACGGGACGCCCUGUCAAGGAUGUUGCUGUAGCUCAGGUCAGAAGUUCCCUAUCCAAGCAGACCCAAAGACGAGAAGAAGACAGGACAUUCCAGGAGGUGAAGGAAGAUUAGCGAAGAAAGGUGCCUGGCAUUUUUAAGUGAAAUAAAAUAAUGCUGAAUCUGAAAAGGAUUCCAAACCCACAGAGGCUUCUCUCCAGGAAAAUCAGAAGUCCAGUUUUUUAAAAAACGUCUCCCUCUUCACUUGGUCCGCUUCCUUACUGGGCCAUGCCUCUGAUUGUCUCUUAAGUAUUUUAAAUCCUUAGUGAUGUUGUGUGUAUUUUAGUGUCCUUUUUCCCCUGCACUGCUUGCUUGCUUGCUUUUCUUAGUUUGAAUCUAAUCUGUCUGAACAAUAGUAACUUAUUUUGCUACAUGAACCUGUAAGCCAUCACUGUUGCUUUAAUAUUGUGUGGCUGAAGCAGAAAAUAUUUUUCGUCUCAUGUAGAGUAGAUUAUUUUAAUGGAA